AUGACCUUGAACAUUGUCGCUCAUCCGGAUGAUGAUCUUCUCUUCCAGAACCCAGAUAUCCUUCAUGAUAUUGACGCCGACCGACAGGUUUACACUGUAUACCUGACCGCUGGUGACGCGGGUCAGGAUUCUGAGUACUGGACUGGCCGACAAGAGGGCAUCAUGGAAGCGUACGCCACAAUGGCGGGCAUGCCAAAUACCUGGGAUGCUGUUGCCCUUAGCGUCGGGGGUAAGGAUAUCCUGCGCUACACUCUACGUGAUCGCGAUAUCUCCCUAGUAUUCAUGCACUUGCCUGAUGGGAACUCGGGCGGCGACGGCUUUGAUAGUACUGGCCACGAAACCCUUGAGAAGCUUUGGAGAAACAGCAUCCCCUCAAUAAGGACAGUGGACGAUGAAUCUGAUAUUAGGUACACAAGUGACGACCUUAUCGAAACCUUGAGACAGUUGAUUGACCAGCUCCAACCUGAUUCAAUCAACUCUCUGGACUUCAUCAACCCAUAUGGCUCGGGCGACCAUAGUGACCAUACCUCCACUGGUCUCUUCGCGAACGAAGCGGCCAAGCUAUCCAGCUUCCCAGGCGAUGUUGAAGCCUAUAUAGGAUACCCAAUCCAAUACUUGGUCGCCAAUGUUACCGGCGAUGACUUGGACAGAAAAAGGGCGGCGUUCUAUACAUAUGGAAAAAAUGAUAUUCAUGCAUGCACGUCAGAAGUGGCGUGUGCUCCGCUUGAUUAUCCAAAGUUCCUGCCUAGGCAGUACGUUGCAAAUAAUAUGUAG